AUGGGGUACGAGAUCCUGGACAUCAAGGGGAACGUACAGGAAGACGUUCGAGUGAGAGCUCCGCUCUUUAAAAUUUCGACGUGGAAAGAGGUGCUGGCGCAAGGUGUGUUUUCUGGUUUCCUACGAGGUGUUGAUCAGGUUCGGCCCGGAAGCUGCUUUCAGUCUUAUACUCGACCACCCCCAACUCCCGUCCUUUCAGGACGGAAAGGCGGGCUACACUACCCGCCGUACGGUAGUAGAUCGGUUCCCACUGUCUGUUCGACUGUUCCUGACUCUCGGUUUGUUGUGCGCGUUGGGGACGCGUUGAACAUGUGUCUGCGCCAAUCUGAGCCUCUGCGAUGUUUGGUAAGGUUCUUAGCGUUUUUGUUCUUCAGCCAAAGUCCUGCGAAGACCCGUCUCCUCGAGCUUGUCCUGCGGUUUGUGUCGCUGCUCUUCUUCGCCACUGUCCGAUUGGAAAAACUCCUUGUAUCAAUCUCAAUAGCGACCAUCUGUGGACCCAUUGAACUGGUACCGCUUUAUCCGUUUCUUCCCCUUGCUAUGCUUUCUGCAUGGAACUCCACUAUCGUACUCUCAGAUUCCUCCCCACCGCCUGUCAUAGUUGCGACUCCUACGGGAUGUCCCAACAGAGAUUCGUUCUCGAGUGUGAUGGCAAUGUUUGGAGUUGAGUCGAUGGUCACGUUGGGUGGUAGUUUCUACAGGUCAAAGUUGGCUGGGCGUUUGAAGUCUCGGGUAUGCGAGGUGUAG